AUGCCACCCGAUAUGACCAGGAAACCUACGGCGAUCGAGAUUCCGCGCCCUGCUAUGGAGUCCCCUCCAGGAAUUGCGGCCUUGUUCGUCAUCCGCUUCGACAUCAGGACCGGAUAUGUGAUCUCUUGGAAGAGGACUGUCCCAGGAGUCGAGAUCGAGGGGGUGGUGGAGUACAAAUCAUUGCCUUCAGGAUCGCAUAAUGUGCAAGAGGACCUGAUUUACUUUGUCCAUGAUGAGUAUGCUGGAAUCAGCGCCUUUCUCAAUCAGCCCGCAGAGGAGGCCGAGCGCAAUGCAAAGAUGUUUGCGGUCGGAGUCCUGGUACCGCGCAGUUCGGGUCGUCUUGGGAAGAGUUGGAGACAUGCACCUCGAUUGAAGGAGCUGGCACAAAAUUACUCUGCGGACAUGACGGACGAACAAUCGCUAUCGGCGUAUUGGGACGCUUUCAAGAUUGGGGGCUCCAAUGCAGCCGCGGUAGAAUCACCAGUCGAAUCCCCCAUCAAUCAACGCGUUCGCCCGAAUAGCAAGCCAUCAGUGCGUCAUACUCGCGCUUUCAGCGACGCAAUGGUCUUGGAAACUGCUCGGCCGGCCUUGACUCCCUUCCAUCCGGCUUCUUCGCUACCAGGUUUCAUUGAAUCCUUCGGGCCACUUAUCUUCCCUCUUCACCGGGCUGCGCUCCUGCGCAAGCGCAUUUUGAUCAUGGCUGAAGCACCAGUGCACACCCCAUGCAAUUACGUCUAUGACCUCUCGCUGUUAGCGUCACUCCCAAAUUCACUUCUUCAAGUGCUCCCCGCAGACAAUGUGUUGCCUUUACGGCCACGGCCGCUGUUCAACGUGGGUAUCCACGAUAUUCCCGACCUCGCUUCAUAUGACGCAGCUGGGAGUACGCACAACGUCGAGAAGGAUCCGAGCUGGAUUGCCUGUUCAACCGACAGCGUAUUAUGCAUGAAGCCGGAUUUGUAUGAUGUCCUUGUGACGAUGGCCCCUGCUCACGCUCAGCAAGCCGAGGGGCGCGCGUUCCCCAAGAUUACUUGCGUGGAUCGCUCAAGUACGAAGCCGAACGCCACAUCAAGUGUGGGCCUCAAAGCAACGCAACGUGACGCCCGUCGUUAUGGAAUGCUCCGUAGAGGUUUACGCAAGCUAUCCCAUGACGAUGCUGCUUCAAUUGAUUCUCUUGAGAGCGAUGCUACCUCCACGUACUCAUCUAGUACCAUGGUGGAGCCGCUCUCUUGGACCCGACUCGCCUACACAUCGUUCAUUUGGUGGGCUUCAGCCGGAGAAGCUCGCGACGGUCUAUCCGAAGAUGAAGAGGAGCAUCAGAUUGAACAAGAUGCCAGGCUCUUAGCAAGCGUAGAAAGUAUUGCUUAUCCUGAACCCAACUCGCAUCGUCCAUCGGCCGUGCCGUCAGAGGUCCAAGGCCAGGAUGCCCCGGAAGUCGCGCUGGUCGCAUACUUCCGUCAGCUCACAUCACAAAUCUUCUUCACUCUCGCGGGUGCCAUCGCCCGCCAUGAUAGUGGUGGCCGAUAUGAGAACGAAGUAAACGAUACAUACAGCGAUGCUCCAUAUCUUGACGAUCCGAAUUCCAACGGUGGUGAAACAUCGCUUUCCAUGUCGCGACAGUCUAUCAGCGGCGAUGAUGGAAGUACACCACUACUUCGACAGAGAUCCCACGGGAAUCAUACUGAGCGCACAUCCGGUCAUAAGGUCGACCUUUCAGAUGACCCUGUCAUUAUCACAAUUGCUGACAUGGCCGACAUGGGCCUCGAUGUCUGGAGCGCCACGGAUCGCAUUAUCGUUCAGGAGCUGGUCUCUUUGUGGUGGGGUCGAUCUGCGUACGUUGAUAGCGCACGCAUCCGGUGCUGCGGUAUUUCUGUUCUUUGA